UCCACUAGAUCCCUGAAGUGUUUCUACCUGACCGACAUAUGCCAGUCUCUAGGAGCAGGAGAGCCAUGACUGUCCCCAGAGGGAGUCCUUUGGCCUGCCUUCUGUGCAUGCUACUGAUGUGGGGAGGGAAUGGUGGCUGCCAGGCCCAGCGUGCAGGUUGCAAAAGUGUGCAGUAUGAUCUAGUCUUCCUCCUAGACACGUCUUCCAGCGUGGGCAAGGAGGACUUUGAGAAGGUCCGCCAGUGGGUGGCCAACCUGGUAGACACCUUUGAGGUGGGCCCUGACCACACCCGUGUGGGUGUUGUGCGCUACAGUGACAGGCCCACUACAGCCUUCGAACUGGGCCACUUCAGUUCCCGUGAGGAGGUGAAGUCAGCUGCGCGGCGCAUCACCUACCAUGGUGGCAACACGAACACGGGUGAUGCACUGCGUUAUAUCACCAGUCGCAGCUUCUCUGCUCAGGCAGGCGGCCGGCCUGGGAACCGUGCCUUCCAGCAGGUGGUUAUCCUGUUGACAGACGGCCGCAGUCAGGACCUGGUGCUGGAUGCUGCCGCAGCUGCCCAUGCAGCCGGCAUCCGCAUUUUCGCUGUUGGCGUGGGCGCAGCACUUAAGGAGGAGCUGGAUGAGAUCGCCUCAGAGCCCAAGUCUGCGCAUGUCUUCCAUGUUUCCGAUUUCAACGCCAUUGACAAGAUCCGUGGCAAACUGAGGCGUCGGCUUUGUGAAAAUGUGCUCUGUCCCAGUGUCAGGGUAGAAGGAGAUCGCUUUAAACACACCAGUGGAGGAACCAAGGAAAUCACAGGUUUUGACCUGAUGGAUUUGUUCAGUGUGAAGGAGAUCUUGGGGAAGAGAGAAAACGGAGCACAGAGUUCCUAUGUACGGAUGGGUUCCUUCCCUGUGGUGCAGAGAACUGAGGAUGUUUUCCCCCAAGGUCUGCCUGAUGAGUAUGCUUUUGUCACAACCUUCCGGUUCCGGAAAACAUCUCGGAAAGAAGACUGGUACAUCUGGCAGGUCAUUGACCAGUAUGGCAUCCCACAGGUCUCUAUUCGGCUGGAUGGUGAGAACAAGGCUGUUGAAUACAACGCUGUGGGUGCCAUGAAGGAUGCAGUCCGGGUGGUCUUCCGAGGUCCCCGGGUUGAUGACCUCUUUGACCGUGACUGGCAUAAGAUGGCUCUAAGCAUCCAGGCCCAGAAUGUAUCCCUCUACAUUGACUGCGUGCUGGUUCAGACACUGCCCAUCGAGGAGAGGGAGAACAUCGACAUCCAGGGCAAGACUGUGAUUGGCAAGCGUCUCUAUGACAGUGUGCCCAUUGAUUUUGACCUGCAGCGGAUUGUGAUCUAUUGUGACUCGAGGCAUGCAGAACUGGAGACUUGCUGUGACAUCCCUUCGGGUCCGUGUCAGGUGACUGUGGUGACUGAGCCGCCGCCUGCGCCUCCACAACUGCCCACCCCUGGGAGCGAACAGAUUGGGUUCUUGAAGACCAUCAACUGCUCGUGCCCAGCUGGAGAAAAGGGUGAAAGGGGCUUUGCUGGUCCUGUGGGGCUCCCUGGUCAGAAGGGAGAUUCGGGACCGAUUGGAUUAAUGGGUGCUCCUGGGCCCAAGGGAGAGAAAGGAGACUCCGCGAGAGGACCCUUCAUCCAAGGAGCAAAGGGCGAGAAGGGAUCCCUGGGCCCACCUGGGCCCCCUGGAAGAGAUGGCAGUAAAGGCAUAAGAGGGCAGCCAGGAGAGCUGGGAGAACCAGGCUUGCCUGGAGAGGUGGGCAUGCGGGGGCCUCAGGGACCUCCUGGACUACCAGGACCUGCUGGGCAUGUUGGUGCUCCAGGUCUUCAAGGAGAACGAGGUGAACGGGGACCUCCAGGAGAAAAGGGGGAGCGAGGCCUGGAUGGAUUCCCUGGGAAGCCUGGAGAGAGCGGAGCUCAGGGAAGACCUGGACCUCCUGGUGCAGCAGGGCUGCAGGGAGAGAAGGGAGAUGUGGGGCCUGCAGGACCCCCUGGUGUUCCAGGCUCUGUGGUGCAGAGAGAGGGCCUGAAGGGAGAGAAGGGAGCCCCCGGGCCAAGAGGUCACCAAGGCCUAUCUGGGCCUCCAGGAGCACCUGUAAGUCACUCCUCCCCAAUGGGUCCAGAAGGCAGAGAUGGACCACCUGGGCCUCAAGGUCUCCGGGGGAAGAAAGGUGAAGUGGGUCCACCAGGAACCCCUGGAGCACCGGGGCCACAGGGCCCACUUGGACCACCUGGUGUUCCAGGGUCACCUGGACCUGGAGGUCCCCCGGGUUUACCUGGAGAGCUUGGCUUCCCCGGAAAACCCGGGCCUGCUGGGCAUGCGGGGCCACCUGGAAAGGAUGGGCUGAAUGGACCACCAGGUCUGCCUGGCUCCAAGGGAGAACCAGGGGACCCUGGGGAAGGUGGCGUGCCUGGAAUGCCUGGGCCUCGGGGUGAAGUUGGGGAGCAGGGCUUUGCAGGCCAUCCUGGUGAGAAGGGAGAAGUUGGCCUUCCAGGUGCUCCAGGAGCCCCAGGAUUUCGUGGAGACAAAGGAGACCAGGGAGAAAAAGGUGAACUGGGACUUCCUGGGCUGAAAGGUGCCCGAGGUGAAAAGGGUGAGGUUGGUCCAGCAGGCCCCCCUGGCUUACCUGGAAGUCCAUUGAUGUUCACACCACACCCAAGAGUGCCAGGAGAGCAAGGGCCCAAAGGAGAAAAGGGUGACCCUGGCAAAACUGGAGCAAUGGGACCACAGGGUCAUCCUGGAGAACUGGGCCCUCGGGGACCCACUGGCCCUCCGGGUGCCAAGGGACUUGAUGGUGUACAUGGGCCUCCUGGAGCAGCUGGAAACCCUGGCCCUCCAGGACCUGCAGGACCCCCAGGUCUCAGUGGUCCCCCAGGAAGUCUGGGUCCCCCUGGUGUCAGAGGUGCCCCUGGGAAAGACGGGGAGCGUGGGGAGAAGGGGACAGCAGGGGAAGAAGGCAGCCCAGGGCCGGCUGGUCCACGGGGAGAUCCUGGUGCUCCUGGCCUCCCUGGGCCACCAGGAAAGGGGAAGGAUGGGGAGCCGGGACUACGUGGACCACCUGGGUUACCUGGUCCCCUAGGAACCAAGGUGAGUGCUUGUCCAAGAGUAAAUGGCAGCGAUGAUUGCUUGCUCAAUGGUCAGUAUUACUUUGUUAAAGGUGACAGAGGAACACCUGGGAUCCCUGGCUCUCCUGGAAGCCGAGGCGACCCAGGAAUCGGGGUCACUGGUCCACCUGGCCCUUCAGGACAACCAGGAGACAAAGGACCCCCGGGAUCUCGAGGCUUACCUGGAUUCCCCGGCCCCCAGGGACCAGCUGGCCAGGACGGUGCACCAGGAAAUCCAGGAGAAAGAGGGCCUCCUGGAAAACCAGGCCCUUUUCCACUGCUGUCUCCAGAGGACAUAAAUCUCUUAGUAAAGGAUGUAUGCAAUGACUGCCCUCCUGGUCCCCCAGGCCUCCCAGGUCUACCAGGCUUCAAAGGGGACAAGGGUCUCCCAGGAAAGCCAGGGAGAGAAGGUGCAGAAGGCAAAAAGGGAGAUACUGGACCCCAAGGCCUCCCAGGACCUCCAGGAGUAGCUGGACCACAGGGAAGCCAAGGAGAGCGUGGUGCAGAGGGUGAGGUGGGACAGAAAGGCGACCAGGGCCACCCUGGAGUUCCAGGCUUUGUGGGUCUACCAGGAAAUCCUGGGCUACCAGGAGCCGAUGGAAAGGCGGGUGUUGCAGGACCACCAGGACCUCAAGGGCCGCCGGGCAAAGAAGGCCCUCCUGGUCCCCAAGGUCCAUCAGGUAUUCCAGGAAUCCCAGGAGAAGAAGGCAAACAGGGAAGAGAUGGAAAGCCAGGUCCCCCUGGAGAAGCGGGCAAAACAGGAGAGCCAGGCCUACAGGGAGCAGAGGGAGCCAGAGGUCCACCGGGCUUCAAAGGACACACUGGUGAUCCUGGUCCACCUGGUCUGAGGGGAGAACCUGGCAUGGUAGGACCCCCUGGAAGGGAAGGAUCACCAGGAAAAGAUGGUGACACUGGACCUGCUGGACCACAGGGUCCCAGAGGACCAAGAGGCCCACCGGGUAGCAGUGGAUCGCCUGGAUCCCCAGGAGACCCUGGCCGUCCAGGAGCCCCAGGCCAGAAGGGAAACAAAGGAGAAAAUGGCAGCCCAGGACUUCCAGGUUUUCUAGGUCCCCGUGGGCCUCCGGGAGAAGCAGGAGAGAUAGGACCUCCAGGGAAGGAGGGUGCUCCUGGGAAGCCUGGAGAGCCAGGAUCCAAAGGAGAGAGGGGAGACCCCGGGAUCAAAGGUGACAAAGGACUACCAGGUGGGAAGGGCCAACCUGGAGACCCUGGAACCCCAGGUCACAAGGGUCAUACUGGCCUAAUGGGUCCCCAAGGACAACCAGGGGAGAGUGGUCCUCCUGGCCCCCCAGGGCCGCCUGGCCAGCCAGGAUUUCCCGGACUGCGGGGCGAAUCUCCAUCCAUUGACACCCUGAGGCGCCUCAUUCAGGAAGAGCUUGGGAAGCAGCUAGAAGCAAAACUUGCCUACCUCCUGGCCCAGAUGCCUCCAGCACACAUGAAGUCCUCUCAAGGCAGACCUGGGCCCCCAGGACCCCCUGGAAAAGAUGGGCUUCCAGGCCGGUCAGGCCCCAUUGGUGAGCCAGGCCGUCCAGGCCAGGGAGGUCUGGAAGGACCCUCUGGACCAAUGGGCCCCAAAGGUGAAAGAGGAGCCAAAGGCGACCCUGGCACACCUGGAGUUGGCCUCCGAGGAGAGAUGGGUCCCCCUGGAAUCCCAGGCCAACCUGGGGAACCUGGCUAUGCAAAAGAUGGACUUCCAGGAAGCCCUGGCCCUCAAGGAGAGACAGGACCAGCUGGACAUCCUGGCCCUCCUGGCCCUCCCGGCCCUCCUGGCCAGUGUGACCCUUCCCAGUGUGCAUACUUUGCCAGCCUCGCUGCCCGACCAAGUAAUGUGAAGGGCCCAUAGAAGAUUCUAGAACAUCAAAACACUACUGUGGAUUUCUGAAACUUGAACUCAGAGCCCAGUGGGAAGCCAGAAGCCUUGAAACAU